CCUGACCUGUGGUGUUACUGGUGUGUCCCCACAACUGCUGAUAGUGUUGAUGGUGUUUCUGUGCAAGCAGGAUGAUGAAGACGUCUGGGAGGACCUGAGAACAGGCCGUUUUGAAGAGGACGGAUCCUUGGACGUGCGCGCUCGGAAAGUAGCCGGUCGACUGCUGUCUCUACGGCUUCGAACAUAUGCCACUACCAUAGAGGAAGACGAAGUGCGGUUAAAGGAAGUGAUGUCACCCUGCGGGCGCCUCGCGGUGUGUUGUGGGAUGGAGAGGAAGAGGCUGUUGGAAAAUGGCUUGAAAAUGCUGCAACACAGCUCCAAAGUGGCCAUUGCUAGGGGCGUUCUCAGGAAAUUAUUCUCCGAUCGAUAG